AUGAUGCGCCGUCGUUGUCUUCUCCGAGGGGUGGUGCUCUUGGUUGUGGCCAUUAUACCUACUGUGAUCUAUCUUCUUCUGCCCCAGGGCAUCCCAGCCCUAGACGCAGCUCUGGGCGAAUUCAUCAAUGUUCGACGAGUGGAUGUUUUCGACUUCUACGAUACCAAGGGGGAAGAACGAUGCUUCAACCUCAACCGUGGGAUCAUUUCGACGGACACCAUCCCCAAGGUCGUCCAUGUCAUCUGGCUCAGUCCAGAGCUCACCUUCAUCAACUACCUCACGGUCAAAUCUGCCCUCAUAUCGAUCAUGCCAGACAACUUAUUCUUCCACUACACCACUCUCAACGAGACCAAUCAAUGGUUUCGCAAACUGUACGGCAAUAUCACUCUUGUUCGCCAUGACCUCGCUCAAGAAUACUCGCGUCCAAUCCGAGAGAACUGGAACAUCGCCCAUGUCGCGGAUGCUCUUCGACUCGACAUCAUCCAACAGUUCGGGGGGAUCUACUUCGACAUGGAUAUGAUAGUCCUCCGCUCGUUCGACAACCUUUUGCAGAGUGACAGAGAUAUAGUUCUAGGCAACGAAGGUGGGGAUCGCCGUGGGCUCUGCAACGGCGUGGUCAUCGGUCGCAAGAACUCGUCUUUUCUCCAACGCUGGAUCGACAGCUACAGCAGCUUCUCCCCCAAGGAAUGGAACUAUCAUUCAGUUGUUUACCCAAAACUACUGUCCCUUCGAUAUCCACAGGAGAUUUGUGCUCUGUCACCCGUGGCUUUCUUCUGGCCGACCUGGACCAAGAGGCAUGUCCAGUACAUGCACGAGCCGAUCACUGAGGAGGAAGCUCAGGACUUGCAGCAUACGCUUGCAAUCAAUGAGGGUAGUCUUUAUCCGAAUCAGCUGGCUUACCAUGCCUGGAGUCAUCCAUCAAGGGCGUACCUGGAAUCGCUCACUCCGGGGAUUGUGAAGACGCAGAAUACACGAUUUAAUAUUUUAGUGCGGCGCUUUGUGGAUUAG